AAAUAAUUUGAGGUCGGGUAGAACUUCUCUCCAUGGCCCGGGGAAACCAGCGGGAUUUAGCAAGAGAAAAAGCUGCAAAGAAAAACAAGGGUAAAAACAAAGAAACUAAAGAUCAAGAUGGUAACAAAGGUCUAACUCACACUCAACGGCAAGAGAGGGACGCUGAGGUAAUGAGAAAGAAACAAGAGGCAGCAGCGGCGAAGAAAGCGGAACAAGGCCAGAGUUCCAAAUAGGUACCAGCUGGUAAAAGAUCUCCAGUUUUCGGUCGAUCAAGUAUCUUUAAUACCUUACUGUUGAUAAUAUAUUUAAUAUGGAUUGAUCGUAUUCAUAAGAUUUUCUUUUUACGAAUAUUAUUAUGUUUGAUUGAAAAACUGAGUUUAUAAAGUAGUUUUACCAAAUCUUCUGAAUUGAAAUAAAUUAGUUUUUUUUAGACAAUCAUAAACUGUGGCUAAUAAGACAUUUUUAUUUGCGUUGAUAUAUAAUAUAAUUAUCAUUUUGAAAACUGAUAUUA